CAUUGAAUAUUAAAACCACAAAAAAAAAUUUCUGGCUAAAUAAACAAAUUCUCAUACUUGGUCACAUUAUUUUGAUUAUAACCAUUCCUCAUUGAAUUUCAUACGGAAAUAUUCUGUUAUCGGUUAUUUUGUUUUGACUACUAAACUCGACAAUGAAUUUAAUACGGAAUAUACUCUUGGCUUUUUUGUUCAUUUUGCCACUUCUUACCCUAUUCAAUAAUGCCAACAAUUUUAAUGUGAAAGCUGUUGAAGAUGAUCCAGUUGAAGGAGAAGAUUCCGAUGUGAAUGUUGAAACAGGAGAUGUCAUCAAAACCGAAGAAGAAGACGAUUCUACACUUUCAUCUGAAGGAUACAGAAAUUCACCGGAUGCUGAUAUAACUUACAUGUUUACUAAACCUCUAGGAAAUGGACUAGAAUUGCCUGUUGGAAAAGAAGUACAUUUUUUGGUUGGUUUUAUGAAUAAAGGUCAAAAGGAUUUCUUUGUCGACACUAUGGAUGCCUCGUUCAGAUAUUCUGCUGAUUUCAGCUAUUAUUUGCAGAAUUUUUCGGCAUUGGCUUACAAUCGAUUGGUCAAACCAAAACAAGAGGUUACUUUUAGCUAUCAAUUUUUUGUCAGUGAAGCCUAUAGUCCUCGACCAUAUGGAUUGACCAUCAAUCUUUAUUACCGAGAUGCAGACAAUGUUCAAUAUUUGACUCCAGUUUUCAAUGAAACUGUCAACAUUUUCGAAUUGGAUGAAGGAUUAGAUAGUGAAACAUUUUUCCUUUUUAUCGUUUUGGCUGGUCUUGCUGUACUUGCUCUUGUUGGAAUCUACCAAUUAUUCCAAUCAUAUGGCAAAAAACACAUUCCAAUGCCAUCAUCUUCGAAACCAAAAUAUGAAACUGGAACUUCAAAUCAUGAGGAUGUUGAUCUUGAUUGGCUUCCCAAAGAAGGUUCCAAAUACUACAUGAAACAAUUAAAUAAAUCGCCCAAUCCGGCCAAGCCAAGUUCGCCACGACAAAGGAGGAAGAAAGAAUAAUGAGAUGAUUUCAUAUUACUACUAAAUAAAAAUAUAAAAAAUUUUACUGAGCA